AUGUGAACGCACAAAGUUACACCAAAAGAGAAUUUUCCGAUAAUGAACGUAUUUCAGACGUUUGUUUUGAUGAAUACGAAGUUCGAUGAAUACUGUUGUAUGAGUACGUUCACAUCGAAGCGAAAUCCAGCAAAGCGAAGCAAAAUUUUGGACAACUCUCAUCUUUUUUUCUUUGCACAGCAACAUUUGCCAUUUUUAUUAGAUAUAAGCACAGAAACCAAACCAUUUGCAGAGAAUGUAGAAAUGUAGUAUUUACAUUCUGUGCCAUUUGUUCUAACAUACCCUUUGCUUUCUUCGCUUUGUUAUGAAAGUAUGAAUGAAUUGUCAAGCAAAGCGAGGAAAUUUCUAUGUGAGUCGGUCAUUAAAGUUGCUAUGAGGUUUUUAAUGGCCAUUGUCAGUUCUAAACGAAACUCUUGUGCACAGUGAUCCUUUAUCUAUUUAAUACGCAAAGGUCUUAUGAGAUGCACGAUGUGUAUGUGAAAACGUUGUUGUUUUACUGUAGGGCUUUUUCUCAACCAAGACCCCUUCUUUCGGCUGAGUUAACCGACAGACAUUAAGAAAACGGCCCUUAAUGCUAAUUUAUCGAUAAUUUUAAAUUUUGUUUAAAACCACUAAAUUUUUAAAAUUGAAUUCGCCAUUUAAAAAAAGGAAUAAAAGAUAAACAAUAUAUAAAGCCUGUUGCAUUGAAAAUAACUAUCUUAUAUUAAUUCUGUACUAACUGCAAAAGUAAAGAAGCGUAAAUUUUUUAGCAUUUAUAACUGAGUGGCAACGUAUGAAAUUUGAUUUUGGUGGCAUCGUAUGGUCUAUGCAACACUGUAAAAUUUUUUGAGAGUGGGUAUAUUUUUCUGUAUUGCGUUUUUUUUGCUUUGCUGGUGAAAAUUAGUGAUCAUUCACUGCUGCUGUUACUUGAAAAUAAUAAAUAUUAUAGUAAUUAUUUGUAGUUGUGUAAACUAAAAUCGUAGAGUGCACCAUUAUAGAAGGAGCUGAAGUGGUUACUCACUAAAUAGCAGCAAAAACUCACCAAUACAGGCAUUUCGAUGCUAAGGAUCCGCAUCAAAAUGGGUCCACAACAGCGUAAUAAGGAAUGGACGUGUUGCUUUGGUUUGCAUGUCCACACCGCCACUAUUAUGAUUGGCCUCUGGCAUUUGUUUUUAAAUGUAUUAGCACUCAGCCUACUAGCUGUUAUAUGGCGCAAUCCGCACAUGAUGGAGGAGCUAGAGGUCUACGAUUAUACUGUGGAUUUGAGCGCACCGCCAUUACCCACUCCGCUGAGCAAGGUGGAUCCUCCAUACCCAUAUCGUGAUCAUUCGCUCAGUUAUCGCAAGCAGUACCAUAACUUUGAUAUGGGGGGCCUGGUUUGUACGUGUAUGAUUGCCAUUACAAUGAUGAUGAUUUAUGGUACACUAAAGGGUAAACCCUCACAUCUUUUGCCAUUUUUCUGCCUACAGCUGUUUGAUUUUGCCAUCACAACUCUAACCGCUGCCGGCUACAUCUGUUACCUGCAAGCCAUACACCGUCUGAUUGCCGAAUCUCAUCGCCUGCCAUGGCGCGAGAAGUUGCUCGAGAUGUCACAAGAGGAACUAAUGGUUAUUGUUUUGGUGGUUUUUUUUUGCAUUGUAUUCUUGAAAGCCUAUGCCAUUGGCAUAGUUUGGCGUUGCUAUAAAUAUCUUACGCUGCGACAACAAAAUCUACGCACCUUGCUACCGUGUGUAUUACCGGAAUUGGGUGGCGCCGGUUUGGGCGAAGAACGCGCUUAUACCACACUCUUGCCAAAUUAUGAUGAAGCUAUUGCACAGUAUAUGAAGCAAGCGCCACCGCCAUCUUAUCAGGUGGCUAUGUCCAAUUAUCAAAGUGUCGAUGCUCAGCUGGAUAAUACCAAUAAUGUGCCGGAUGCCGCCGGUGCAGCAGUGGUCACCAUUGACGAUACAUUGGACAACAAUAAUGAUUCGCCGAACAACAACAACACAGUUCAUGUAAAUGCCAAUACACCGCCAAUGCGACGUACUGACGCUAGCGCUGAGAGAGCUGAUUCGGAAAAUGCCGAUGUUGAUGCUGAGACUGCUCCAUCCGCUGCAUGUGUUGCCGCAACUGGUGAAUUGACACCACCACCAUCCUACUUAGAUGCUGCUGCUAGUAUUACGGCUCCUUCUGCACAAAAACUCGAUGUACCAGCUGACAAGCGUCAAGCAGACAAUAGAAAUGAGAGCCAAGCUUAAGGUAGUAGGCGGUUGGUGUAAGGUCGUGCGUAUAUGGGGAGUUUCCAAGUGUCGUUGGGUGCAGUAGAGCGUGAUUAUGGUUUCUCAAACGUAACCGCUGAUGAAAAUUUCGGGUUUUUUGUAGGAACGGGUAGGCUAUUUAACGAGUAACUUGUUUUGAAUAGUAAUUCUGAGAUAAACUUUCAAAAUUGACAUGGGUUCUAUAGGUGAUUUUGAUAAAACUAAGCGCAUGCUAAUGCAUUGGAGAGAUCGUAAAUACUUUGUUUAGGUUCGGUUUUUUUUUUAAGCAAAGGCUUUUUUCUAUUUUACAUUUGAAAUAUUUUUGUUUACUACAAUUAAUAAAAUAUGUUUGUACCUUUGUUGGUUAUUAAUAUAACUAAAUAACAAAAAAAAUAAAAUUAACAAUAUCUGUGCAAAAAUAUUAUAAAACUGCAGAUUGAGAAAGGUUAAGAAAAAAACCCUAAGGCGAUCCUUAAAAAUCAGCUAAAUAUGUUAAAAAGUUGUUGAAAAAUACACAAAUUAUUAAAAUUUUCAACCUUUUUGCUCUAAAUGUACACUCAAUAUCAUUAUAGUACAGUAACAAAAACAAAAAUUAAUAAAAUUAUAAACAAAUAUGUAUGAAUGCAAAAGGGUGUUGCAAGUGAAAGUGAAUUUAAGAACAACAGUGAUUUUAAAAUUAUAUGCCUACUGGAUGAAAAUAAAAUUUAUACAGAAACUACUUAACCAAAAACAAAAAUAGUGCAAGUGUAGACACUUGAAAUGCAUACGAUGGCUACAGCGUAUACAAUACAUGCAAAUAUACGCAUAUUUGAAGAAAAAAUAUGUGAACAUUUACAAUAAAAUGUCUAAAGGCCGAGAGAACGCGGGCAUAUGGCCGCAAAUAUUGGCGUUUUUAAUAUGUAAAAAAAUAAAUGUCGAAGUCAUAUACUAAAAGUAGCGCAAAUAUAACCAACAAAACCAGAAACAAAAAACAAGAAAAGAAAAAAAUGUAUUUAAUUUUAUGAUUUGCACCUUAUCUAUCGCACAAUUAAUAAAUAAUCAAUGUUUACGGUUAGUUUCUAUACAUAGCUACAUACACACAAGCAUGCAUGCAAGUGUGCAUAUUUAUACUAACUUUGUCAAUUAAUUUUUGUAUUUGUCUUAUUCAAAAGCUACUAGUUUUCGUAUUCCAAACUUUACACUCCUUUCUUUUCGUAAUAUUAUAUAAGAUUUCCUUCAAGUAAAUAUUAUUAUUAAAUUGUUUAUUAAUACCAUUGAACUAAAUAAUAAUUAUAAUGCACAUACAAACAUACAUACAUAUAUUUUAAAUAUUAUAUUACAUAAUAUAUAGAAAUAUACAUACAUACAUAUAAAUAUUACGUAUACAACGUAAAUGUUAAGUGAACAAUAUUCAUAUUCGAAUAUGGUAGUUAACGAUACGAUGGUGCAGUCUGCCGCUUGUGAAAGAAUAAAGGAAUAAAAUAAAAACAAGGAAAAGUAAAACAUACGUAUAUUCUAUGAUAAAUAUAGAAAAUAUAUGUAAAAUAUAUAUUCAAAUAGUCCUGAAUAAAUUGUUAGGCAUUAUUGUAAACAAAUGUCAUUGAUAUAAUCUCGAAUCUCUCUUUUUCCCCAAAAGCAUUAAAAA